AUGAAUUUAAUACGCAGGAAAAUUUCAUUUAAAAAGAAAAAGGAUUUAAAAUCUAAAAAGGCUUUAGUAAAUUGUGAAGGUUUCAAGAUCUCCACUGAUACUGAGGAUCAAAUCUUAUAUAGAUUUCUACAAGGAACAACACCUUUAAUAGAGGAAUCUCAAAUAAAUAGAAAGUUUUCUGGUUUAGAACAGAAUAUAUUGUAUAAAGAUACCCCAAGAAGGUCUAAAUCUGUGUUAUUAACUGCUAGGUCAGUUUGUUCAAAGAUUCCUUCACAUUUAGUAAAGGGAGAUAUAAAUAGUGGAAAUAACAGCCCAAAUUGUAUAGAUUCCAUGCCAUCCACACCUUGUAAUAAACUAUCUAGUGAAGAUAGCUUUAUGAGUACUUUUGGAAAUGAAGUGGAUCUUGAAAGAGAUUUUAAAAACUUAGCAAGUACAAAAGUGACUGAAUAUGAAUCCAAAAGUACUGAUGGACUAAAUGAAAAAGAGAGAAGAAGUGUAAAAGAUAAUGAUAAGAAGUGUGGAAUAACUCCAGAAUAUCCUAAACAAGCUAUAGAAAGACGCAAGUUUCUACCAGUGCCAAAGAGCACUGCAAGAUUUUCACUUCUUUCUAUGAUGCGACAAGUAUUUGGUAAAGAUCUAUCCCGUAUUUCAAUGCCUAUUUGUUUAAAUGAGCCCCUGUCAUUUAUUCAACGUCUAGCUGAAGAUUUAGAAUAUCAUUAUUUGUUGGAGAUAGCUAGCAAGAGUAAAAGUUGUACUGAAAGGAUGGCAUAUGUCACUGUAUUUGCAUCUACUGCCUUUUCAUCAUCAUUUCAACGUUUAUCAAAGCCUUUUAAUCCUAUAUUAGGUGAAACAUAUGAGUUAACUCACAGAGGUUUCCGAUAUAUUGCUGAGCAAGUAGUUCAUCAUCCACCAAUUGCAGCCUAUCAUGCAGAAUCCAACAAUAAAGAUUGGAAAUAUUGGGGAACUGUCUGGUCUGAGAUGUCAUUUGGUCCAAAUAGCUUGACUAUUCAACCUCAGGGUCUAAUCCACCUAUCUUUAAAAACAUGCGAUGGAAUUGAGACUUACCAUUGGAGAAGACCAAAAUGUAUUGCUCAUAAUAUAAUAUUUGGAAGUACUUGGUUAGAAUGGGUUGGUGAUACUAUUGUUGAGUGUGAUCAAAAUACUUGUAUAGGCAAGGUAUCUUUUAUGACAGAUACUAGUGGAAUUUAUUUAUGGUCUAGAAAUGCUGAUGCAACAAGUAAGAGGCGAAAUAUUGUUGCUGGUUCUGUAUACAAUGAAGAGAAUCAUCGUAUUUAUGCUAUAGAUGGAUUAACAGAUUCGGAAAUAAAGCUUACAAAUUUGAAGACUUACCCUGAGAAUUUAGAUAGAACACGAAGUGGUAAUGCAAAAUCUGAAAGUCGUUCAUUGAUAAAAAGGGCAUCCUUAACAUCACCAAGUAUCCCUUCGGUUUUAUCAAAGACAGUUUGGAAAUGCAAUCCUCAACCUAAUGGAAAUAAAAAUUCUGCCAAUUAUUACUUUACAUAUAUGGCACUAGAGCUUAAUGAAAUUACACCAGAUUACGACCCGAAUUGUGGAGCUAAUAUCCCACGAACAGAUAGCCGAUUUAGACCAGAUCAACGCUUAUAUGAGAAUGGUGAUAUUGAUGGGGCUCAACUUAUAAAAUCUAAGCUUGAAGAUGAGCAACGAAAACGAGAACGAACAGGGAAUUCUGCAAAACCUCAGUGGUUUACUAGGGAUAAACUUCUAACAAGAAGUAAAUUUGAAAAUCAAUCUAGUAGGAUAUCUUCAUCUUUAUCAGGUGAUCUCAUGGAAUUUGAGUGGAAUUUUGUAGGAGAAUAUUGGGAUAUAAAAGAAAAUAGCAGCUUCCGAGCUAUUGAAGAAGUUGACAUUUUUCAUUUAGGCAAUUAA